CAGUUGGUUGUUCGCCGUGGAAACACAUGAUCGUGCGAUCACCUCUCUCUCAAAUCGCGCGAUCUUUUUUUUUUAAGUAAAAGUGAAGUUUAUCAAAUAUAUUUUGCAAUAAAAGUGUAUAAAUAAAUCAGUUGGAUUAUUGGAGUGUUAGAAAUUUUUUAAUGCAUCAUUUUCUCAAAGGAUUACAGUCCUGAUUCAAAAUGUUUAUUACAUUUUAUAUUAAUUCAUUAAAAUGAGAGGAAAUGGAAAAGCAAUAUCAGCUAUGAAAGAUUAGUUUUACAUUUAUUAAAAAAAAACUCCAAAAAGUGCUUUUAUUUAAAUAAUAAUUUCUCUUUAUAAAACGACUUUGGAUGGGUGUUUAGUGAGAUUUAUUGAUAUGUGCUUUCUACAGUUUUCCGAAGAAAAAUACCCAUUCAUAGGAAAAUGUAUAGCAUAAACGAAUUAGUGUUGCGCUAUUAAAUAUAAUUGAUUGAAAAUUGAACUGAUUCACCAUAAAAGACAUAAAGUGCGUAUGAAGUGGGGUGUAGUUGAGUACAAUUGUGUUAAUAGUGUGAAUAGUGUUCUAGAACAUAUAAGAAAUUCUGCAGAAGGAAGAUAUAGCAUAUAGGCAACAAUUAUGGCUUUGGCAAAUUUUUCACUUCCUUUUGGUGCUGUCAAUCAACCGUGGGUGGGAAGUUUAAACCCACUGCAACCGCCACCACAACACAUUUCAGCGGUGAAUAAUUUACUAUAUGGUCCGGCAGGUCAUCAAGAAAAUGAUGCUCCAUUGCCGGAAAGUGAGCAUGAUCAAGAAGCUUUCUAUAAGAAUAGCCCCUAUGCACCACCGCGAAAUUCACAAUACCGUACACGAAAUAAUUAUCUGCCACCCCCACCGAUGAGCCCUCAGCCACCAGUGGGACAGAGUGCAUACUCCUCACCUUCGCAUACACCACGGAACUACCAACCAUCGUCAAGGACAUACGGUGAGGGUCUGUACACCAUGCCUUCACCGCCAUCGUCAACUAGUAGCAACACCCAGCAAUUCUUUAACAAUGCAAAUCCACAAAACAAUUACAACAACGGUCAACCAUACUCAGCACCACCCACGCAACCACCGAAUAGUUCACGAAAUGUGCCACAGACACAGAAAACCCAUCAACAAUCUCCAUCGGCUGGGUAUCCACAGCGUCCACCAGGAUAUACAAAGGUAAAUGCUGGCCAGGGAUCCCACACGCAAGUUCACGCGGUUCUAGAUUACGAUGAGGAAGAAAGUGAUGACUUUUACAAUGAUCACGAUGACAAUAGUCCCGAUUCGCGGCGUAAGCAGCAACAAACCCCAGAUGGAAAAAUGCCGACUGUGACACCAAUUCAAGGACCUAUAUUUAUAAAAAAUGGAUCUGUCCCUGUUGUUCCUCUUUUCUCAUAUCCAACUGUGAAUAAUGGCUCUUUGGUUCAAAUUCCGAUCCUAUGGACUGCGCUCUCAGUGGCACUUGGGAUUGAUAUUCGUGGAGAAAUCAUUAGGGGUAUACCAUGCGUCAAAAGAAAUUAUCAACUCUUCUGCCCAUCAGCUGGCAAUACAUAUCCUUCAGAUCGCAUAGCAACUUUCAUUGACGAGAAUAAGGCUCUAAUGCGGCGGAUGUAUGGGAGUUUUCAAAUGACCUCACAAUACGGUCCACCGUUACAGCGACUUAGGAAGAAAAAACGGAGUACUGACAACCAAUCUGAGGUGCAUGAUGAUUGGGAGUGGAGUGAAAUGCCAGGUGUACCUGAUAUGAUAGGUCCACCUGGAUCUGGACCCGAUCCCAUUCGCGACGCCGGCCCCACCGGUGACUCAUACUUCAGCAAGUGGCGAAGUAAAAGGCAGAGUCAGCGACCUAAUGUUAACAUCAAUAUUGGAAAUCGAAGCACUGUAAAUGCGGGUAACCAAAGAAUUACCAAUCCUGGACCGACAAAUGCAAACGACAGCAGUGGACGCCUGGACAUUUGCGAAUCUAAAGUAGAAAUUGUAGCACCUUAUUGGGCUUCCAAUUCAGCAGGAAAAAUUCGUGCCAUCGUAAAUACACAGCAUUUUGAGCAGGCAAUUCACCAAGAAGUCUGCACCAAACAACAAACCACCCGCUGCGGCGGAGAAUGUGCCUGUGAACAAAAGUACAAAUGGCACAGACUACUGGCCUAUGAUCCAGACAACGAUUGUAAAGGGAUUUUCAUGGAUUGGUUCCUAUUUCCAUCAUGUUGUGUAUGCCGAUGCAAUCCUUAAUUUAAUUCAUAUUCCAUCUACUCUGUUUUUUCUUUAAUCUUACUCGACGAAAGUUUUAUUAUGCAGUCUUGCACUUUAUGUAUUUAAUUGAUAGGUAUAUAUUAGUAUCUGAUCUUUUUUUUGUCUGCCGGCUUUUCUCUAUGUAUUUUUGCACUUGUUUAUAUUAUUCAUUCUAUGUUUAUCUUUUAAAUAAUUUUUUAUGUAAAAUAAUUAUAACUCUUCUCAAGCAUUCUUCGACACAAAGCAACGAUAAACGUCAAGUUUUGAGUUUUAGUUAAUAAAAGAAAAAAAAAUGACUAAUUAUAAGGAGAUUAGGAAUCGAAAUAGACAAUUUUAUGAUGCAAUUUGUUCUCAGAUGUAACAUGAUAAUAUUUAUUAUCACUCCUCUCAUACUAUCAUAUCAUACAUACAUAAUGCGUAUAAUGUAGACCUUAUUCCAAAUUAUUAAGUGUGUCAUUUGUAAGAAUAAUGUUAUAUAGAAUUAAGUUUAAAUAAUUGAAAUUGUCCUUUAUAGAUUUUUUUAUAUACAUAUUAUGUGGCUAUUAAUUGAGACAUAUUUUGUAGUAAAUAUUUAUAAGAUUGAUCUACUUAGAUUCUAGAAAUUUGUGACGACGAGGAAAAACAAUAAUGAAAUAUGAUCUGCUCAAAUGUAGUAA